ACAAUAUUUUGCAAUGAUGCAAGAAGCAUGUCGAAAAGAUGUUGAGCGGGCAUUCGGUGUUCUCCAAUCACGAUUUGCUAUCAUCAAGGGGCCAGCCCGUUUUUGGGAUAAACGAACUCUGCAUGAUAUCAUGACUGCUUGUAUUAUAAUGCACAAUAUGAUUGUCGAAGAUGAACGCGACGAGCAAGAAGAUGUUGUCAUUUCAACUCCACAAUCAAUUCCGAAUGCUGAAAAUAUGGAGAUAACGGAAACUGAACGAUUCCAACGGUUUCUUGCUCGACAUAAGAGGUUGAAAAACAAAGAAGCUCAUUUUGCACUUCGAAAUGCAUUGAUUGAACAUUUGUGGGAAAGACAUGGAAAUGAAGCGAUGUAACUUUUUUUACUAAUGAAAUAAUGACUUUUUCAUUUUUAA